AUGAACUUCGGCUGGCGGCGGUCAACAUGUCUCGCAACAGGUCCAUUCCGUCCGAAGACCUACUAUCGAGCUCUGUCGCACUUCAGAGUCGUGGAACAUUGUGUCCCAGCACAGCACACUAGACACUACCUUGGAGGAGCAGAACCAGGCCAUCACAGUUCUUUGCAGCUCUCUGUCAAGCAGUACAUUCCUAAGACAACAUCUUCACAAAGCACUCCAAACGCAGUGACACUUAUUGGUGCACACGGCAAUGGACUACCAAAGGAGCUAUUUGAGCCAUUCUGGGACGACUUGUAUGAACAUAUGAUGGCAAAGGGCCAGUCAAUACGAAGUAUAUGGAUAGCAGACCAAGCUCAUCAGGGUCAAAGCGGUGUACUAAACGAACAAAUACUCGGAGACGAUCCAUCAUGGUUUGAUCACGCGCGAGACUUGCUCUUCCUCAUCAACCUCAUGCAAGAAGCGAUGCCACAGCCACUAUUUGGUGUAGGUCAUUCCAUGGGAGCUUCGCAACUCGUGCAUCUCGCUCUACUUCACCCAGCUUUGAUGCAAGGCCUUGUCCUACUGGACCCUGUGCUGCAGACAACAAACCCAGGGAAGCCAUAUGGACGUGCUUCUACUUAUCGUAGAGAGGUUUGGCCUUCUCGAGAACAAGCGAAAGAAAGUUUUGCAAAGAGCAAGUUCUAUCAGGCGUGGGAUCCGCGGGUUCUGGACAAGUGGGUAGAAUUUGGCUUACGAGACCUUCCGACUGAGCUGUUUCCUGACGUGAACGCUUUCGAUACCGAGUCACCAGUGACUUUGACAACCGCGAAACAGAACGAGGUCCACUCAUUCCUGAGACCUUUGUAUAAAGCAGGUGUCGAUGUGUCUGAUUCACAUCGACUCUCGGCGUACACAGAUCUGGAUCCCAGGGACUACGAACCUGACUAUCCGUUCUAUAGGCCGGAACCUGCUAUGCUUUUCCGGAAGCUGCACGAGCUAAAGCCACCAGUAGAAUACAUCUUCGGGCGCCAUUCUCCUUUGUCAAGUCCGGACCUCAAUGAGCAAAGGUUAGAAUUGACAGGAUCUGGAGUCGGUGGUAGUGGAGGUCGGUCACGGGGCCUGGUGUCUGGAACGGAGUUUGAUUGUGGCCAUUUCAUUCCUAUGGAGCAGCCGAACGCCGCCGCAGCGCAGACAGCGCAAUUCAUCGAUCGUGAAUCUCGUCGUUGGGAGAGCCAAAAGCUAGAAUUUGAAGUACAAUGGCGGCAAAAGCCGCGGCCGGCAAGAGUGACUCUAGACGACGACUGGCGGUCCCAUAUUGGUCCCAAGGGAGGCUGA